AUGGAGAUCGAGAGGCUGCCGGAGGAGCUCCUCCAGGUAGUGAUAUCUCUCACUUCACCUCAAGACGCCUGCCGCACGGUCGCCGUAUCCCGGGCCUUCCGUGCUGCGGCCGACUCCGACGUCGUCUGGUCAUGCUUCCUACCCCGCGACCUCCCACGGUUCGGCCGGAAAGAGCUCCCGCGCUCGCCGUUGUCGUCUAAGAAGGGCCUCUUCGAACGCCUCGCUGCCCGGCCCGCGCUCCUCCCAGGCAAGCUUAGCAUGCAACUCGACAGGGUAACCGGCGCCAAGUGCUACACCAUGUCGGCAAGGGCGCUGCGCGUUCCUUCCUGGGGCGACACACGGCGCUCUAGCCGUUGGAUCCACAUCGAGGUUGACUUCAUCAUAGGGGGCAAAAGGUUCUCGGAGGCAGCUCAAUUUUUGGGUGUUAGGCGGCUGGAUAUCAGUGGCAAGAUACGGAGCAAGAUGCUCUCCGAGAACACAGCGUACGCUGCUUACAUGGUGUUCAAGCUAGGAGACAGACUACAUCGGCUGGAUUUCCCCUUCCAGGUAGCAUCGGUCAGCGUUGGAGGGAGCCAACAAUCGACCCGGCAAGUUUGCCUCCAAGCAUGCCUCAACGAGGAGGAAGACGUUGUGGCCGGGGCGCCUCCGUAUCACAUCGUGCCGUCUAUUGUGGGUCCUAGCACGGUUACACCUGGAGAGGACGUGGUGCUCCCUCGAAGAAGGGCAGAUGGUUGGAUGGAGGUGGAGCUGGGUCAAUUCUACAAUGAGGAAGGCGAUGAUCGCGAGGUGUCCAUCAGCUUGACGGAGACGACAUCAAACGUUGACAAGAGUGGUCUUAUUGAAAGAAACAGCUUGCUUACCCAGCUACUGUAUGCAGUCAGGGACCUCAUCCUCUCUGAUUUUCUCGCCUGGAAGCUUGCCGGGAUGAAUGAGACAUAG